UGCUUUAGAAAACCGGUUGUUUCUUCUCUUGCAACGAACCAUACCCAGCCCAUACAACACCCCCGCGCUGACCAGAAUGGAAUUCAAUAUCAUCAUAGUGCUGAUCUCGUUCCUUAUCGGAGCUGCCUUCGCUUCACCAUUGGCGAAACGUAACAGAACUGAAGGACUGAGCGAAAGGCUCAAAGGCACCGACUUCUCUCGCCCCGAGCCUGUUAAUUGUUAUAGAAAUGAUCCCAGGUUUGCUCUUGGACCUAGUCUGUUUGCAGCUCCAGCGAUCAGAAACAGCUCAUUUGUGGCUAGGCGCAUCAUACAAAAGAGACCAGAUACAGGAGAAUACGAGUCGAAGUUUUACUAUAUUUGCCAGUCUGGCAACAAGACCGAACAGGAGUAUAAGCUCCCAAAACCUGACGACAGCAUAGACGUCUCGCUUGACAAGAUGGAAUAUUCUGAGCAUGAGGAGAAGACCUUGGCCGAGGUGCUUCUCGAAAGCCUCAACAAAAACCUGGAAGAGUCCGUGAAAGAAAACCACACCGGUCAUACUCCAAUUAUCGAAAACCCCAAGAUGAUGCCAUACGUAUGGCAUGACUCCCUUAAGUUACACACCAAAGAAGAUAAAGACGAGGACAAGGACAACGAGGAAGACGACAGCCAGAGUGAGAGCGAGAGCGACAGCGACGACGAAGAAGAUGCAAAAAAAGGAUUUAAGAAAGCAUUCAGAAUGAUAAAGAAGCGAGACGACGAGAAGGAGGAGGAGGAGGAGGAGGAGGAGCAGAAGAAGAAGAAGAAGAAGAAGAAGAAGAAGAAGAAGAAGAAGAAGAAGAAGAAGAAGAAGAAGAAGAAGAAGAAGAAGAAGAAGAAGAAGAAGAAGAAGAAGAAGAAGAAGAAGAAGAAGAAGAAGAAGAAGAAGAAGAAGAAGCCAUAUCUAUGGCCUGAACACGACAGACCAAAGAUCUCCAAGGAUGGGAAGUUCAGUUACUUGUACUCCAGUGAGGGAAAGCAAUAUGCUGUUGCAACUCCCCAGCAUCUUGCCAAUGAGACUGAUCGCCACGAGAAGGCCCAGCAAGACAAGGACCAGAAGUUGGAAAUUAUUCAACACGAGCUUCAGAAGGAAAUGGACGCAAAACUACAGCAGGAGCACAGUAGAUUGAAGCACGAGAACGAGAUGAAGUUCAAUGCGUCAAAGCCCGAAAAGGACGAACAAAUUGCUCGUAUCUAGUUGUUCUAAUCAGCUAACUAUAGGUUGGGAGUUAGCACGGCGAAUAUACCCGUAUUCUAUUGACAUAGAAGGCUAUUCAUGUUGAUUUCGUCCCUAAGGUAGUUCAGUUUCAUAUUCUCAACAGAACACAGGAGAGAUUUCACCAACGUCCC